UUUUACUAGUGUAGAGGCUGCCAUAUUUUCUAAACACAUGUUGGACAGCCCUGUAUUAUGAUAAUCUUGACAAGUUUGUUUGCAGCGGUUCAUUGUAUUUUGUUUGUAUUAGCUAAACGUCAUCAAGCCAUCCAAUAACAAACCGUUCCAAAAGAGGCAAAACGAUUUCAUUAUUUGGUGUUGUUUAAUAUUGUUCGCGUUGGAAUAAUAUAACAGUGAAGGAUUUCUCCUUACGAGGUAAUUUAAAAUGGAAGGCGACCUCGAGCAAGUUGAUUGGACGUCCAAUAGUUUAAUAGUGCAGAUCGUCAAUGAGUAUCGAACGAUGUUACAGCAACAGAUAGCACUGCAUCUAAAGCGCCAGCGAGAUCAGAUAGUGCGAAUGCGACGCCGGUUCCUCUCAAAACUGGCGCACCGAUUGUAUCGAAAUUACGCACUUUACGACCGUAGCAGGCGUCACCUGCUGACGGACGUUACGCUAAUCAAUACAAGACGAAACGGUUCGCGACAGAAACAUCAUCGCGAACUUUGCGACUUACUACCCGCCAGUUCCGAGCACGAGUUUAAUGAUGUGCAGGUUGAACAGUUUCGCAUGAAUCAUGCCACGUUUCAGUUACUGUUUGGUAAGCUAGAGCCUGAGCUUAGAUCAAUACCCGUAUUAUUGUCGACAAGGAUGAAAAUGGCUGUCGCAAUCUACGUACUUGGCUCCGGGAAGGAUUAUGUAUCGGCAGGCACAACGUUCGGUGUUAAUGCUAGCACAGUGCAGGAUUGUGUGCAAAUGUUUUGCCGGGCGGUAAUCAAAAUUUUUCGAGAUAAAGUAAUCAAACUACCGCUAGAUAACUAUAGCAUCAAAAACGUUAUGAAUGAGUUCGUAGACUUUGUCGGAAUACCACAGGUAUUUGGAAUCGUUGGUUGUUUGCAUAUUCCCAUCCAACAGUCAAGCAAGGAACCGGCAAGGUAUAUCAACAGUAAAGGCUGGAGCUCGAUCAUACUUCAGACUGUAGUAGACAGUAAAGGAAGAUUUAUGGAUAUAUCUUGCCAACAUCCUGGAAGCAUGACAGCUGCCGAUAUGCUUAUAAGCUCCACAUUAUAUCAGCGAAUGGAACAAUGGGAUGCACCUUGUAAACCCGUUGGAAACAAUAAUGUGCCACCUGUGCUGAUGGGUGACGGUCAGUUUCCCCUUUUGCCGUGGCUAAUAACGCCUUAUUCAUCGGUUGAAAGUAUGGCCUAUGCAGAGCGUUCCUUCAACGUGUACGCAGCGAAAGCAAGAAGCUGUAUUAGUAAAGCCUUUGACCGACUGGCCGGACGCUGGAAGGUGUUGAACCGAUGCAUAGAGCAAAGCAUAAUUUCCGAAGUGAUCAUUACUUGUUGUAUACUGCACAAUUUCGUCGAACAUUUCGAUUCACCGUACCGAGAUGCAUGGAACGAGUACCACAAUGAGGAAGACGUUACACCGGAACAGCCCCACUGGGAGUGUCAGAUUGUGUCCAUCGACGGGGAGGAAGUGAGAAACCAUCUGAGCAAAUAUAUGCACGAUCAUUUUCCUGUUAUCAUGGCCGAUGAGGACUGAACACGUUUGUAGUGUUUUAAACCGAUUUGGGAAAGAAGGGCCAAAGUACUUUGGAGUGUUGAUACGACAUAAAUAAAAAUCAUUUAUUUAUUUGA